UUGGAUCCGCCGCCGCUUCCCUGAGGUGAUGGCAGAUCCUCCCAAAGACCCCCCAGAUUUGGGGUCUCUGCAGGAACUGCAGUCCGCCCUGCAGGUGGCGCUGCUGCGCCGCCCGGCCGAGCCGCGGCCGCCCGCGCUGGCGCCGCUGCUGCUGCUGCCGCUGCCGCCCGAGCGCAAACUGCGGCUGCUGCCGGGCCGGCAACUGCUGCGGGAAAACCUGGCCUGGAAUCCCGAGGGGCUCCCCCACGGAUUGGAGCGGCUGAGGACGGCGCUGAACAUUCUGGAAAAAUACGGACGCAACCUCCUGAGCCCGCGCCCGCCCCGCCACUGGAGGAGCGUCCGAUUCGGCAACCCCGUCUUCAAAUCCACCGUCGGAGCCAUCCAGCUGCACCCUGAGGAACCCGGCCCCGGCCGUGCUCUGCCGCGCCUGCGAGCGCCCCCGCCUGGCGCCCAGCCCACAGGUAAAAAUUGGGAAUUUCAUGACGAAAAUUUNAGCUGCACCCUGAGGAACCCGGCCCCGGCCGUGCUCUGCCGCGCCUGCGAGCGCCCCCGCCUGGCGCCCAGCCCACAGCCCAGCCCCGCCCCCUCCCCGCCCUGGCCCUGCCCCCGCUGCACCUUCCUCAACCCAGGCCCCGCCCCUUCCUGCCAAAUCUGCGGUGACGUCACUUCCGGGCCGGCCACGCCCUCCCGGGGGAGCUUCCCGCCCACUUCCGGUUUGGAGGAGUCCACUUCCGGUUCGAAACAUUCCACUUCCGGUUUGGCGAAUGCCACUUCCGGCUUGGAGGAGGCCACCUCGGGCCUGGAGAAUUGCACUUCCGGCGAGGAAAAUGUGGCGGGCGCUGACGUCACUUCCGGGUGUGACCACGCCCCCUCCCGUGAUGCUUUGCGGCGGCAGAAGCUGCUGGAGGACGGGCGGCGCCUGGUGGAGCUCGUCCGGGCCGCCGAGCGCCAGGGCCUCCCCCCGGAAUCGCUCGGCCCCGCCCCCUUUUCCCACCUUCCGGAAGUUUCCGACGCCGCCGCCCAGAUCCGGCACUUCCGCGGACGCCUCGGCGGGGUCCUCGCGGCGCUGCGGGGGGCGGGGCCGGAGCCCCCGGGGGGCGGGGCCUGGCCAGGGCCGUUCUCAUUGGCUGAGGCCGCGUGGGCGUGGCUGGAGGGGGCGGGGCAGGCGGAGCGAGCGCGGCGCGUCCUGAUUGGCCGGAGGGAGCAGCAGCUGCGGCUCCUGGCGUGCCUCGGUUUCCCCGAGCGCGCGGCGGCGGCGGCGGAGCUGCGACGGCGUCAGGGCGACCAAUGGGAGGCGCUGCAGGAGCUGCAGAGGCUCAAGCUCCGCCCCUUCCGCUUACGUCAUCAGCAGGGGGCGGAGCCUGCGCUGGACUUCCAGCAGGCCGACCAGCAGGCCCUCGUCCGUCAGAUUUUGGCCACUUGCCCCGUGGCCAGUUGGGGCCGGGCCUUACUGGUGGCCAGUUUGGGCCGGGAGCUGGGCCUGGGGCUGCUGGCGGCUCCCAGUUCGGAUCCUUUACUGGUUGAACUGGUGGAGGCCGUGGGGUCCUGCCCCGACCGGGCCGUCCUGCGCAGGCGCCUGCGCUGCGAGUGCGCCGUCUGCGGCUGGGGGCUGCCCCGGCAACUGAUGCAGUGGCUGCCCGGCUGCUCGUGCCCGCUGUGCCCCGAGUGCUUCCGGCUCCAUUUCACCGUGGGGCUGCGGGAGCGGGGGGUGGAGGCCCUGGGCUGCCCCAGCUGCGGCCGGCCCGACCUGCGCGACGACGCCCAGCGCCUCUGGUACUGGUCCACGCUGGAGCCUGCGCUCCGGCGCUGCCUCGACCCCGACACCUUCGGCCUCGUGACCCGGAAGUUGACGGAGCUGGAGCUGCAGAGGGACCCCCAGUUCCUGUGGUGCCCCCAUUGCUCCUUCGGUUUCAUCUUCGAGGCCGAGCGGGGCCCGGCCCAGUGCCCCCAGUGCCACCAGUGCUGCUGCCCCCGCUGCCAGCUGCCGUGGGAGCCUCGGCACUCGUCGCUCUCCUGCGCCGAAUUCGGGGCCUGGCUCCGAUCGCGGGACCCGCCGGGACCCCCCCAGGGCCUGGGAGCGUUCCUGGGAGAGACCGGAAUCGCCUGUCCCCGCUGCGGGCAGCGCUUCGCCCUGGCCCGCGGCGGCUGUUUGCAUUUCCAGUGCUCCCAGUGCCGCCACCAGUUCUGCGCCGGCUGCGGGGUCCCCUUCCACCAGCCCGGGAGCUGCCCCUCCCCCCAGUGCCCCCUCGGGGGGUCGCUGCACGGGCACCACCCCCGCGAUUGCCUCUUCUACCUGCGGGACUGGGAGCCCGCCCGGCUGCAGCAGCUGCUCCAGAGUGGGAACGUCGCCUUCGAGACGGAGCCGCCCCCUGAUGCCCCACCCAACCCAACUGGUUUCCCUCACUACUGCGAGUACCUGGUGUCGCUCAGGGGUCACUCGGGGCCAUUUUGGGUGGAGCUGCCCGAGGUGACCCCGCGGGAGCUGCAGCUGCUGCUGGAGGCCGAAGGUGCCCCGGAGGAAGCCCCGCCCCCUUUGGAGGAAGCCCCGCCCCCUCCGGAGGAAGCCCCGCCCCCUUCUGAGGAAGCCCCGCCCCCUCCCGCCCUGGUGCUGCGGGAGGCGCUGGAGCCGAGCCUGGCCCCGCCCAGCUCCGAGAUUUCCCUGGAGCCGAUGGAGGAGGAGCCGAGGGGCGUGGCUAACGAUGACAGGGGGCGUGGUUUGACGCUUGGCCCCGCCCCCAGCGCCCCGCCCCUCCCGGCCCCGCCCCCGGAGCUGCUGCCGGAGCUGCCGGAGGCGCCGCCCCUCGACCUCCGCAGCCUGAUCCUGGAGCACGCCCGCGCCCCGGAGGGGGCGGAGCUUGGCGCCAUCCUGGGCUCUGAUUGGCUGCGGCCGCGCGUCGCUCGGGCCUUCGCGCUGUGCCUGGAGCUCUGCGCCUCCCAUUGGCUGAAGCUGGAGCAGGCGCAGCCCUACGGACCAAUCAGGAUCCAGCUCCGCCCCGGCCGCCAAUAA